UUUGCACGAAGGUUUUUGAGGAGAUUUUAUCACCAUGUACCUAAAGGUAAGGUUAGAUUUAAAAGUAUACACUGCAAAUAGUCAAAUUAUAUAGAUGUAGUUGAUACAGCAAGAUAAUUAGCAAUAAUAACUGGUUCAGUUUAAUAGUCCAAACAAUACUUAAAUGUAACUUCGCAACAAUGGCAUUCAUUAUCAUCUGUAUUGGGUAUAUUUGAUGAAAUAUAUAAUAGACUAAUUAUUGUCAAUAAUAACCUUCUUCACUUUGGUCUGUGCGCUUUCAGAGGUAUUUCGAACACACUGCCGAAUUCAGAUUGUUCGGCUCGACAAAUACGAUGAGCGGUUUAUGCAAUAAAACGACCAACCGCGUAAGUCAAAACGAAUAUCGGAAGAAUCGAACGAAAGGAAGAAUAAGUUUUGUCAUCAAUAAGAUACUUCAAGAGUACAAUCUGCAUGCACGUCCCCUAUCAAACUUUGUUCAGAUUGAAAAUUCCUGUCUUUAUAAUCAAGAAUGCAGACCACCUCAACCAGGACGUACGGUAGCGAAGACUUAGUGGUGGUGGGAGGGGGGUGUAGGGGACCAAGUUAACUAAUUUUUCAAAAUUACGUUUUACGUUACGUUUCAAAUUUUGAAUAUUUGGACCUCAGAAAGACCGGAAAUACAGCUUGCGUUCAUCUUUACUUCCACGUUAAUCUGUCAGUGCUCUUAUAAUAAUUCGAAAUUUUUACCACUUUUGAACAGAUAUUGGGGGUACACCCCCUACAAACCCCAGUCGAUACGACCUUGACCACAUCGAUGGCUGGCCCAAAUGGGUAUACUACGUGUUGUCCAAACAGUUCAAUGUAGGACAGAGGUCCGAGUCUGAAGAGAAGAUAUAUUAUUGCUUUCUAUUCGUCUGUCAAUAAACUGGCAAUUUCCAUCAACUUCGGGAAAAUUUGAAUGAGAGGAUUGCACAGAGGACUCUUUUCUCGUUUUCUCCCUUCGUAAUAUUGUUAUUCAUCGAUUGUCAAUCAAUUUCUUUCCCCUCAUUAAAAAUACGAAUUUAUUAAUAUUCUAGGCAAAGUGGGCGGCUUGCGGAGGAGGUUAUCUAAACUGCUCACGUUCCAAAUCAAUAUUUUCCUCAUUCUGUGAUCUCUUGAAAACACAGGAGACCACUAUUUUUAACCAAAUAUAUUCAUAACGCAAAUAGAAAUUCUCGAUCCCAAAAUUAUUCAUGCGCAGUAGCAUAUUAUAUAUUCAUGUAACAAAACUCAUUAAACUUAAAGUUAAACAUGUUCUAAGUUACGUUCUAAACAUGUUUUAAGGUACGUUAGAUAGUAUGGCUUAAUUAAAUAGAAAAUUCGACAUAUUUUUCAUAGAAUUUCUCGACGAAUGUUGUUCUUACUGCCAUCCUAUUUAUCAUGGUUCAUGUAAACAAGUCAGUCGCUCGUAUGGAAAAGAGCAAGAAUCUAAUGGAAUUCCUGAAGUAAGUACAAGCGAUGACGCUGCCUAGUCCGGGAUACGGGCGGAUACCUCAUUAGCCAUUUACUUGUUUAAGCAGUGCUUUAAAUUUGUAGUGUUAAGGAUUCGGCGCUUAUUUGAGGGCGGCCCUUGUUUGAGGACAGCGCGUUAUAAAAAUUUUAUCUGUAAGCGAUAACAAGAAAUAUUAGCAACAAUUAACAUAAUAUAACAUAGAAACACCGAAAUGAAGGAAAAAAGUUCUGACGUUUCUUAAAGAUUGGAACCUCGUACCCAGUGCGUUUUCCUUCAACGAUUGGGCGUCACAAACAAUUUUUGAAAGCUGACACGUGCGAACGGUUGUACCGCAUCUUUAGUCAGAACUCGGGCGCAUAACUGAUUAUAUACUAGUGAAAACUCGCCACGCUACAGAAAACUAUGGGUAUUAAUUUGUACUUCAAACUUAACAAUAAAACAAGUGUUAAUUUCCCGAUGCAGUGACGUACAUGAUAUCGCAUUCGUUUGCUUAUUAUUGGCUUGUCUGUUAAUAUCCGACACAAAAACUAAGGCCGGUUAUGGAACCCUUACCUCACAAAGAGCGCGCUUUCCACUUGUAACGUAGAGGGUUAUAAAGGCUCUACGCACUAUACACACCGUGUGCGCUUGUGGUUAAAGCGAUGUACCAGAAUUGCCAGACCGCAGGUUCGAUUUUUACCAGAGUUGCAUUUUUUGCAGCUUCUCUAAUUGGUCAGGUCUUAUAAUGUAUAGAAAUUACACACAAUUUACAAAAACCCUGUACAGCCCAUAUUCACAUAAAACCAGACGAAAUCGGAAAUCGAUAUCCGUGUGCGAAUUUUUCCGGUUCCAUUUUUCACAUGGGAAUUCUUACCUGCAUGCGCUAGUGAAUUCGUCUCGUCCCAUGGGCCGUAUAGCCAUAGGCGUACGAGAAAGGGUGCGAGAGGGUGGGGGGGGGGGUCAGCGGGCAACUGCCUGAUUAUGUUUCCAAAUUCAUAGUCGGCGGAAUCUGGAUUCUUGGACGAUCGGGGGACAUAACCAAAAGGGGACUAUGCCCCACUACACAAUAACGAUACGGUUUAUUAUAUAUUCACUAUGAAUAAUCUUAUGUGGCCUGAAACCGUUGUUGUGGGGGUUAAGAGACUCCAUUUCAGAGACUCCAAACAAAAUUCUCCGUGCUCCGAGUUUCUUGCAGGCCUAGCCAUGGUUGUUGUUACUAGAAUACCAAUAUACUCGAUAAUACUUGUUCAACAUACCAGCCUAAAAUUCCAGUCCAAGUCUGUCUGCCUGAGUACUUGAUCUUGGGUAAAUGUGAGAUACUUAUACCUGUAUUUCAACCUAUUUUCACAAUAAAAUACUAUAUGUACCAAAAGUAAAAUGGUAUGAAUAUCAAUAUAUCUGAACCCCCUAGCCGGACCUGUUCUGCCCCCGCCACCAACUCUCCCCCAACAAAACAAGUAUGUUCGAAUUAAUUAGCAACUUAUACUGAUGAAGCACUAAAGGUCAUGUUACACGGUGCAAUUUUUCUUGCAACUUGCAAUGCAAUUCUACUCUUGAGAGAUGUAAAAUUGCCAAAUACGAGUCUUUAUUACACUCCGCUGAUGUUUUCUCAACAUUUCCAAAAUUCUUCACUGAUUUCACUAAUUAACAUCUCUCAAGAGUAGCAUUGCAUUGCAAGUUGCAAGAAAAAUUGCACCGUGUAACAUGGCUUUGACUUGGGAAAUAUUCAUUUUAAUAUAUAUAAUUUUCGCACAUUUCAGAUAUGAUGACGAGACAAUCUCUUGGUUAAAACAAAAACGAACACCACACAAAUACAAUGAUCCCUGUAUGCAUAAAACAGAAAACUUUGUGACCACACGUAGUUUGGACAAAAGCAAUUGUCCACUUGGUACUACUUGCAUGUACAUUCCAUCACAACUGAAAGAAAUCAAGUGUAAAAUGACGAGUAAUCCUUUAAAUGUGAGGAAUAAAACAAGUUGUGGACAUGGUAUUUCAGGUGAUUGUUUGGACAUCGUCGCAACGAUAACAGUAAUGAAGAUUUUUAAUACUACUGGUCGACGUCAGCAUGUAGAACGUAAUGUCAGUCUCAAUGUUGGAUGUGCAUGCAUGUUAUUGUCGGUUUAGUUAAAGUUGAAUGAAAUUGACCUCAUGAACCUCUCCAUCUUUGCUUUUCAUCUAACUGCAUGACUGUAUUGACUGUAUAUAUUGUUGACUCUUGUGUAAAUAUUCAUCUAAACACCGCUAACUAAUAGCUCAAGAUUGUAGAUUGUAGUCCUGGGAUUUUAACAAGAGGAUCUCAAUGGCACAGAAUUUAAUCAGAUUUCCUCAGUUUCGCAUGCAAAUUUCGUAUCACGCAAGACACAUUGCUUGCAUCUAUUGCUGAACACCUGUAACAUAUAUGUAAAACUUUAUCUUUAGAUUAUUAUUACUAUUAGUAAUCCAUAUGCUGUAAUUACA